AUUAAAAAUGAUGCUGGUUCAAGUCUUAUUAGGAGUUACUUUAACAGUUUAUCUUGCUCACGGUAGCCAAAUUGACUACGUAAAUAGCUUGAGCACGACAUGGAAGGCUGGUAAAAACUUUGAAAAAGGCUCUGAACCUGCGUUGGGUCUAUCACCUGGUUAUAAGCCACUAACCCCAAGCUCAGAAAUUACUUAUGAUAUUGCUGAUGAGGACAUACCUGAAAACUUUGAUCCCCGGGUGCAAUGGCCCGAGUGUUACACCGUUAAGGAGAUUAGAAAUCAAGGGUGUUGCGGAUCGUGUUGGGCAUUCUCUACAUCGGAAGUCAUAUCUGACCGCAUAUGCAUCGCAUCAAAAAACAAACAACAAGUAGAGGUCUCUGCCGAAGAUGUUCUAACCUGUAGUGGGGCUGGAGAUUGCCAGGGUGGUUGGCCUAGUAGUGUGUUUGACUACUAUGUCGAUGAAGGUGUUAUCAGCGGUGGUCUAGUGGACAGUCAUAAAGGUUGUCAGCCCUACACCAUAAUCGGUGACCACCCGUGCGCGUCGUACGUACCGACCCCUAAGUGCCAGAAGUCGUGUAUCGCGGGCUAUAACCGUACGUACACUCAGGACAAGCAUUUCGGUAGUAAAUCCUAUGGCGUGAGUACUAAAGAGGUUCAGAAAGAGCUUAUGACUAAUGGACCUGUGGCAGCUACAUUCACGGUGUACAACGAUUUCUUCUCGUACAAGACCGGUGUCUACCACCACGUGACCGGUCAGGCAGAGGGUGGUCAUGCGGUUAAACUUUUGGGUUGGGGUGUGGAAAAUGGUGUCGACUACUGGCUGGUGGCCAACUCGUGGGGCACCGUAUUUGGAGAGAAAGGUUACUUCAAAAUUAGGCGAGGUCAUAACGACUGCGGAUUUGAGGGUGGUUUCGAUGCCGUAACACCGAAGUUAGAGUAAAACUGACCAUGGUGUAAAUAAAUUAUUUUGAUCAGUUAAUAUUCAAAAUUAUCAUUAUUGAUUAAAUGUUGG